CACAAUGUCCCUUAUGCCCGUCAUGCGUUCUACCACCAGCUCAAUUUUCAAGAAGUUGAAACCCCUUAGCAGAAUAUCUUCUCAGGGUUUGUUUCAAAAACCACACACACGCUCUUACCAUAUGUCGCUAGUUCCGUACCUAAUGCGAGACUUGAUCCGCGAACUUGAGCGCCCAAGGAUGUACGACCAGUACUUCGGGAUGCCUCUUACACCGUCCAUGCUGGAAAUGCAGCCCUGGAAACUGUUAAACCAACUGGAGCCUGGCGCAUCCAUUGUCAAUGAUAAGAACAACUUUAAGGUGAGUUUGGACGUCCAACAGUUCAAGCCUGAAGAAUUGUCAGUGAAAGUCGUCGACAACUUUGUGGUUGUUGAGGGAAAGCACGAGGAGCGUCGAGACAACCACGGGUUUGUCUCUCGACAGUUCACUCGUCGUUACUGCCUGCCAGACGAUGUCGACACCAGUGCGCUGCAAACUACGUUGUCUUCUGACGGAGUUCUGCAGUUGCACGCUCCUAAGAAACUCCAGGAGAAGAACGCCAGGAAUAUUCCGAUCACACAAACCAACGCUCCAGUUGUCAAAGCAGCCGAACCUCAACCACAGCAGGAAGAGGAGAAGAAGAAGUAAGAUUAGAGGUCUAAAACCUUGUGUAAGACUGAUAUGAAUUAAUUUAUUGCUCACUGAGGAAAUAGAUCAUGUUUGUUUUAAAUGUUAGUAUUAAUUUGUUUUUUAAUGUUUUGCAAGUUAGUAAUGUUUGUGUGUAAUUUACUCAUAGUAAAAAAUAUAUUCUUUGCUUCAGA